CUUUCUACGCAGCAUCGAUGCCAAACACAUACAUACUUGUCCCUCUCUUUUACAGAGAGACGCUUCGCUAGGGUCUAGGAGGUUUCAGCGGCUGGAGCCAUGGCGAACUACGAUCUCACUCGAAGAAUUGCUGCUCAUCUGGACCGUCAUCUCGUCUUCCCUCUACUCGAAUUUCUGCAAGAGCGUCAGCUUUAUCCCGACGACGAGAUCCUGAAAGCAAAGAUCGAGCUCCUUAACAAGACGAACAUGGUCGAUUACGCUAUGGACAUCCACAAGAGCCUCUACCAUACUGAAGAAGUUCCUCAAGAUAUGGUUGAUAGGCGAGUAGAGGUCGUCGCGAGAUUGAAAUCUCUUGAGGAGUCUGCUGCGCCGCUCAUUUCGUUUCUUCAGAAUCCUAACUCGUUUCAGGAACUCCGUCCUGAUAAACAGUACAAUCUCCAGAUGCUGAACGAUAGGUACCAGAUUGGUUCAGAUCAGAUAGAGGCUUUGUAUCAAUACGCAAAAUUUCAAUUUGAGUGUGGUAACUACUCUGGUGCCGCCGACUAUCUGUAUCAGUAUAGGGCAUUGUGCACAAACAGUGAGAGGAGUUUAAGUGCAUUAUGGGGAAAACUAGCAGCUGAGAUACUUAUGCAAAACUGGGAUAUUGCUCUUGAAGAGCUUAACCAAUUAAGGGAGAUAAUUGACUCAAGGAAUUUCGUAUCACCGUUGAGUCAGUUGCAAAGCAGAAUAUGGCUAAUGCAUUGGAGUCUUUUCAUAUUUUUCAACCAUGACGGUGGAAAAUCUGGGCUCUUUGAUCUUUUUUUCUACGACAGGUAUAUAAAUGCCAUUCAGACUAAUGCACCUCAUCUUUUACGUUACUUGGCAACUGCUUUUGUUGUUAACAAAAGAAGACGGCCCCAGUUGAAAGAGUUUAUCAAAGUUAUCCAGCAAGAGCAGUACUCUUAUAAAGAUCCCAUCACAGAAUUCUUAGAAUGUUUAUACGUGCAUUACGACUUAGAUGGUGCUCAAAAGAAGUUGCGGGAGUGUGAGGAUGUGAUAUUGAAUGAUCCCUUCCUUGGCAAACGGGUAGAAGAAGGAAAUUUUUCCACAGUACCAUUGCGGGACGAAUUUCUUGAAAAUGCACGUCUCUUUAUCUUUGAGACAUAUUGCAGAAUACAUCAGUGCCUUGAUAUGGGGAUGCUUGCUGAGAAGUUGAAUUUAAACUAUGACGAGGCUGAGAGAUGGAUUGUGAAUCUUAUUCGUAAUGCAAAGCUUGAUGCUAAGAUUAAUUCCAAGUCAGGAACUGUUGUUAUGGAACCCAACCAUUUAAAUGUGUAUGAACAAAUCAUAGAGAACACGAAGGCACUCUCCAUGCGUACAUACAAAUUGGCAAAUCAGGUUCUUGAAGCUGCACACACUCAAGCUGCUCGAGAGGGGUGAGAAGUUGGACUAUGGUGGUUUUGCAGUUGCUUGGAUGUUAUCCUUGCCUGUUCUGAGCAAAUCUAGAAGUUUCAUUAUCUUUUCUAGGUAUGUUUUUAAAAGAUUUUGGUUGUUCUGAGUUGAGGAUCUUGAGAGAGCAUACUGGUGAAAUCUUUUUGUUCUCACCAGUCCGGAGAAAAGAAAAAUUUUGCAAGGCGAUGCUUCUAAAAAUAUUGUCAAAAGAAACCGAGUUUGUUUUUACUAUUUAGUUCUGUUUGUUUUGAAUCCCGUAGGUGCCAGAAGCAUAACAUUGAGCCCUGUAAUGAUUCUCCGUUUUAUUUCAUUGUUAGUAAGCUAUACAAAACUAGUCAUAGGAUGCAAGCUUGUUAAUCAUAUUCAUAUGCCUGUAUGCGUUUAAAGCUGUUAGCAGAACGUCCAUCUUAUUAUA